UCAAUUACAAAUAAAAAAACAGAAACCACAUAGGAGUAUGCGUGAAUCUAUGUCAGUUAGCUCUUUAGAAUAAUCCUGGUUUAUAUAAUUUAGAUGCUCACAACUCAUAACGAAAGAAAAAACCAUGCUAUUUGUCAUGUUUUUAAGUCAACAAUAAUUCACCUCGUUCCUUUAUAAUUUCUACUACAAAACUAUAAUAAUCAGAUAGAGCUUCAAACAAGCCUUUGAAUCUCUUCCCUCUCUCUCAUCUCCACCAGGUGUGAUUGUGAUUCAGAAAUGGCUUCUGGAACUGUGCCUGCUUCGUUUUCCGGUCUCAGGAUAUCUGAGUCCGGUUUGGGGUUUGGGAAAAGUGUUGAUUUUGUGAGAGUUUCUGAUUUGAAAAAAAUGAAAUCUGCAAGGACAAAAGUGUCAAUUAUCAGAAAUUCAAAUCCUGGUCAGGAUGUUGUUGAACUUCAACCUGCAUCCAAAGGAAGCCAGCUUUUAGUUCCUAGGCAAAAGUAUUGUGAAUCAUUGCACAAAACUGUGAGGAGGAAAACAAGGACUGUCACGGUUGGUGACGUGACUAUCGGUAGUGAGCAUCCGAUAAGAGUUCAGACCAUGACCACGACCGAUACUAAGGAUGUUGCUGGAACAGUUGAACAGGUGAUGAGAAUAGCAGAUAAAGGAGCUGAUAUCGUGCGGAUAACGGUUCAAGGGAGAAAAGAAGCUGAUGCUUGUUUCGAGAUUAAAAACUCGCUUGUGCAGAAAAACUACAACAUACCGUUGGUGGCUGAUAUUCAUUUUGCUCCGACUAUUGCUUUGCGAGUAGCUGAAUGCUUUGAUAAGAUUCGUGUCAACCCUGGAAAUUUCGCCGACAGACGAGCUCAGUUUGAAAUAUUGGAGUACACCGAAGAUGACUAUCAGAAAGAACUUGAGCAUAUUGAACAGGUUUUCACACCAUUAGUUGAAAAAUGUAAGAAAUAUGGGAGAGCAAUGCGCAUUGGAACCAACCAUGGCAGUCUUUCUGAUCGUAUAAUGAGCUACUAUGGAGAUUCUCCUAGGGGAAUGGUGGAAUCUGCUUUUGAAUUUGCAAGGAUAUGCCGAAAGCUGGACUAUCACAAUUUUGUGUUUUCUAUGAAAGCAAGCAACCCAGUUAUCAUGGUUCAGGCGUACCGAUUACUUGUAGCUGAAAUGUAUGUCCAAGGCUGGGAUUAUCCAUUACACCUGGGAGUUACUGAAGCUGGAGAAGGUGAGGAUGGUAGGAUGAAAUCUGCAAUUGGCAUUGGAACUCUUCUACAGGAUGGAUUGGGCGACACAAUACGAGUUUCGCUCACAGAAGCACCGGAGGAGGAGAUAGUUCCUUGCACAAGGUUGGCAAACCUUGGAAUGAGAGCAUCUGAGCUCCAGAAAGGAGUGGCACCUUUUGAAGAGAAGCACAGACGUUAUUUUGACUUCCAGCGCCGUUCUGGUCAAUUGCCAGUGCAAAAAGAGGGUGAAGAGGUGGAUUAUAGAGGUACACUCCACCGGGACGGGUCUGUUCUUAUGUCAGUCUCCUUGGAUCAGUUAAAGACACCAGAACUCCUUUACAAGUCACUUGCUGCGAAACUCAUUGUUGGCAUGCCAUUUAAGGAUCUGGCAACAGUAGAUUCAAUCUUAUUGCAGGAACUUCCUCCGGUAGAUGAUGUUGAUGCUAGGUUAGCUCUGAAAAGACUGGUUGAUAUAAGUAUGGGAGUUAUAGUUCCUUUGUCAGAGCAGCUAACGAAGCCAUUACCAAAUGCCAUAGUUCUGGUAAACCUUAAGGAGCUAUCGGCUGGAGCUGAUAAGCUUUUGCCUCAAGGCACACGAUUGGCUGUGUCAGUACGUGGCGACGAGCCUUAUGAAGAACUGGAAAUUCUCAAAGGUGUUGAUGCAACUAUGGUUCUCCAUGACUUGCCUUAUACUGAAGACAGAGUUAGUAGAGUGCACGCAGCAAGGCGGUUAUUCGAGUAUCUAUCAGAAAACUCGCUAGACUUUCCUGUCAUUCACCACAUUCAGUUUCCAAAUGGAAUUCACAGGGAUGACCUAGUGAUUGGUGCUGGCUCUCAUGCUGGAGCCCUGCUGGUUGACGGGCUUGGAGACGGUCUUCUUUUAGAAGCUUCAGACAAAGAUUUUGACUUCAUUAGAAAUACAUCUUUCAAUUUGCUGCAAGGAUGCAGAAUGAGAAAUACAAAAACAGAGUACGUCUCAUGCCCAUCCUGUGGCAGAACCUUAUUUGAUCUUCAGGAAAUAAGUGCAGAAAUUCGAGAGAAGACAUCGCACCUCCCCGGUGUUUCGAUUGCAAUCAUGGGAUGCAUUGUAAAUGGUCCCGGAGAGAUGGCUGAUGCGGACUUCGGGUAUGUUGGCGGUGCUCCUGGGAAGAUUGAUCUCUAUGUUGGGAAGACUGUGGUGAAGCGUGCGAUUGCGAUGGAACAAGCAACUGAUGCCUUGAUCGAUCUGAUUAAAGAGCACGGACGUUGGGUAGAACCUCCAGUAGAGGAGUAAAAGCUACAACUCAAUGUUCGGAUUAGCCAAUGAGGUUCCGACACGUGUAACAUUGGGUGGAUCCUCUAGGAUGAUUACUUUAUGCAGUUUAUGUUAUUCUUUUGACUUCAAAAGUUUUAUUUUAAGUUUCAACAUAGUUAAUUUUCUUGUUUCAAUGGUCCCAAAUAAAGUAUGGGGUAGGGAUCUCUUCAACUUCAUGAUGUAUACAAUAAGUCAACAAUAUUGUACUGUCUUGCCCCAUGGAUAGUAUAAUAUUAUACAAAAAUUCUAUGAACGAUCAUUUUAUGUCAA